GAGGAAAAGCAGGAGUGGUGGGAAUCCGUCAGUGAUUUCUCUCUGGCCCAUGAUGUGGAGAAGAAGCUGCAGGAUCCUGAAUACCUGGCUCACUACCGCAGGAAACGAGUGAGCAGUCUAAGCACCGAGAGGAACGUAGAAACACUGGUGGUCGCUGAUAAGAUGAUGAUGGGUUACCAUGGAGAGACCAGUAUUGAAUCUUACCUCCUCACUCUCAUGAACAUUGUGGCCAAUCUCUACCAUGAUGGGAGUAUAGAGAAUGCUAUCAACGUUGUCGUCACCAGGAUGCUGCUCCUUACACAAGACCAGAGAAACCUGAGCUUGAGUCAUCUGGCUGGUAAAUCAUUGCAGAGCUUCUGUGAAUGGCAACAUGCCAUGAAUCCAGCUCCGAACCACAACAUGAACAUCUCCAACGAUAUGCUAGUCUUUCCCAACCAUGAUAAUGCAGUGCUUAUUACAAGAUACGAUCUUUGCAUGAGAUUCAACCAGCCUUGCGGCACAAUUGGUCUUGCUCCUGUAGGUGUGAUGUGUAGACCAGACCAGAGCUGUAACAUCAAUGAAGAUACUGGACUAGCUACAGCAUUUACUAUAGCACACGAGAUAGGUCACAAUUUUGGUAUGAAGCAUGAUGGAGAUGGGAAUGCCUGUGGAUCAAUGGGAGGUAUCAUGGCGGAUCAGAUCACAGAGAACAGUGAUCCAUACUCCUGGUCUGAAUGCAGCGCUCAUUACAUCACAUCCUACAUUGAGUCGGGGAAGGCGAUAUGUCUUGACGAUGUUCCUCAGCUGGCAGACUACUGGUUACCUACAGCCAUGCCUGGUGAACUGGUGGAUGGAAACCAACAGUGUCAGCUCCAGUAUGGCCAGGGUGCCAAGGCAUGCAAUACCAAUAAUAUAUGUCGGGAGUUGGCUUGUCAGAAGCCAAACACAAGGGCUUGUUGGAGAACAGGAACUCCUGCUGCAGAGGGGACUCGAUGUCAAACAUCAAUUAUAUCAGAAGGAUGGUGCUAUCUAGGAGACUGUGUAGAGUAUGGGACUAGACCUCAAGCAGUAGAUGGUUCCUGGGGGACCUGGUCUUCAUGGUCAGAGUGUUCCAGGACCUGUGGUGGGGGAGUCUCAAACUCAGAGAGACAGUGCAAUAACCCAGAGCCCAGAAAUCGAGGCCAGUACUGCACAGGAGAGAGAAGUAGAUACAGAUCAUGUAAUACCAAUGAAUGUCCUGAAAACUCGCGAGAUUUUCUUACCGUCCAAUGUUCGUCCUUCAAUAACGAGGUUUACCAUGGUCAGUUCUAUACCUGGGAGCCUUACGUGAGUCCCAACCCUGAGCCUUGUCAGCUCUCCUGUGUGUCCUCUGGUGGGAACCAUCUCAGGAGGAUACCCAAGGUGGUAGAUGGAACCAGAUGCUACUCUGAGAGAUAUAAACCGGAGUCACUCGAUAUAUGCAUCAAUGGAAAAUGCCAUACUGUAGGAUGUGACAAGAUACUAGGCUCUGAAGCCAGGGAGGACAAGUGUCGUGUGUGUGGAGGAGAUGGUAGUUCAUGUGAGACGGUGGGAGGUACAUUCAACGGGGAGCUGGUAGCAGGAGACUAUCAAGAGAUCCUUACCAUCCCCAGAGGGUCGGUUCACAUCAGUCUACAGGAGAUGGCCAUUUCUAGGAAUUAUUUAGCACUAAAGUCAGUGAAUAAUGAUUACUACAUCAAUGCUGAAUGGAUGAUAGAUUGGCCUAAAUCCUACGAUGUUGCUGGAUCUACAUUCAUCUACGAGAGACCAGACGAUGCCCCAGAGACUCUUAGUGCGCUUGGACCAACCAAUCAAGAACUUGUUGUCAUGUUGCUGGUACAGGAGGAGAAUCAUGGAAUCCGAUAUUCCUUCAACCGUCCAGUUACGAGAACAAACCAGGGUGACAGACAGAUGGCCUUUACUUGGGAGAGGGGUGACUGGUCACAGUGCUCUGUUACAUGCGCAGGAGGUGUAUCAAUAUCUGAGAUGCGGUGUGUCAGGGUAGACGAUGAAACUAUUGUUAGUGAUACAUUCUGUGAUCAUCCGAAACCUGAAAGAAGAACCAUCUCUUGUAACACACAGGCUUGUCCUCCAGAAUGGCAGAUAUCUGCCUGGUCUGAGUGUACUAGGACGUGCGGUAACGGAGAGAAGACCCGGACCGUUCUGUGUACCACCAAGGUGACCCAGCAUGAAGAUGAAGUGGUAGAUGAGUCCCUGUGUGAGGAACACAAACCAGCCGAGAUCAUGACAUGUGGGCACAGGGAAUGUCCACCGGUAUGGAUCACCGGACCGUGGGCGCAGUGUUAUCCAUCAUGUGGACCGGGCCAUAAACAGCGUCAUGUGCAGUGUAUGAGCAGUGAUCGUAGACAGACCUACUCACACAUCAUGUGUAACAAAGCAGACAUGCCAGUCUACAGGAUGCCUUGUAACCUAGGAGAUUGUCCUCCACCUAGGUGGAUUGCUGGAGAUUGGAGUGAGUGCAAUACACGAUGUGGUAUGGGUCAGACGAACCGCCCUGUCAGCUGUAUGGCUCAGAACGGUGUCAUCCUUCGAGAUCAGAACUGCCAUGCUUCGGAGAGACCAAGCAGGCAAAAGCAGUGCGAGAGUCCAUGUGGUACAAUACCAGCACCACCAGACAGUUGCCAAGAUGCAAGCUCAGUCACAUACUGCCCUCUCGUCAAGAAAUUCAGGUUCUGCAACAACGAAUACUUCCGAAAAAUGUGCUGCAGAACGUGUUCCAGCUGAUAGGGUGGGUGUCGAUGUCAGGUGGUGAAGUCAUGUGACUGAUCAGGUGACAUGUAGAAGGAUGCAGCAAGAACUCUCAUGAAUUAUGCAAAUUUCUUCCAUCCAACACUAUGCAGCAUUCUUUGUCUAUGUAUUUUGUAAGAGGGGAGGUAUGUAACCAAUUAGGCUUUCAUUCUAUUAUAUGUCAUGUGACUAUAUCAUUUUGGUCACCUGAUUUAUUGUUGGUCAUGUGAUGAAUAUGGGACAAGAAUAUUUGACUGCUUGUUUUCUGUGCAGUGUAAUAUGCAACAUGUAAGUUUGAGGGGGGAAGCAGACUGUUAAGAUGAUGAACCUAAUCUGUACUUUCUAUAUUUUUGUAUCAAUGUUUUGCUAUUUAAAAAAAUAUUGCAAAUGAAAAAAAACAUCUGCCAGAUAUAUGAAUGAUAACCAGCAGGUACAUACUUUGCAGGUGCCUUCCAAAAUGCACAGCCCUCCUAUCUCCUUAUACAAAAUAUAGCUUG